AUGGAACAGUGCGUUGAAGCGAUACUUUCUUUAGUUUCCGAUAAAUCAUUUAUUCUAAAUCGAGAAUGUGUGGAACAAAAUCAUCUUUACCAUGUGGUGCUUUCAACUGUGCUAGAACCAUUUUCAAACUCCUCAAAGCGGUCUCAAACUGAUGAUAAAAGCAUUGCUACACAUUUAGUAAAAAUCGGUGUUCUGUACGAUACUGUGUAUAAUCGCUUACACACAGGACAGUGGAAUGCAGUCGAACCGGCGGACAGAGAAUUGUUUACUAUCUUAAGUUACGUAAGGAUCAUCUAUACUUUGUGGAUAUCAGCAAGUGAUGUGGAUUCAAUUAAAGAUAGCAUAUACCUGGCCGAUCUCGGACUUAUGCUUGGCUAUUCAAUCGAAAUUCGAUGCAAAAGUGGUACUACCGAUUUACUCACAGAGACAGCAUCAACACUGUCGAACCAUUUAUCUAUAAUCGUUAAGCAAAAACCUCCCCGAAAACGAUUGAGGUUGAAUGCAAAGGUAGAAGACGUUAAUGCGAUUGAAGACUAUUUAAACAAUAUUCCCGUACUGCAAUGUCCUUCGGUAGAUUUUUUUGGGUAAUUAUUUUGCAAAAGAAAAAAGCAGCAAUGCUACGAUCUGAAGCAGCCAGCCGUUCUUAAAGGAAUAAUCGACGGUUGGCCGGCAAUGGAACGGUGGCACGAUCCGAGCUAUCUGCUCAACGUUGCAGGAGAAAGGACAGUUCCGAUUGAGCUUGGUUCGCAGUACAGCAAUGAUGACUGGUCACAAAAGCUUAUGAAGUUUCGUGACUUCGUUGAACAAAAUCUGUGCAACGAAACAACUUCCUCAACAUCGGGCGAGCAACGUGCAGCCUAUCUAGCGCAGCAUGAUUUGUUUGAUCAAAUUCCAACACUCCGUGCGGACAUUGCCGUUCCUGACUACAUCGGACGAACGGACGCACGGCCACGCAUUAAAGCAUGGCUUGGCCCAAAAGGCACUGUUUCACCACUUCACACCGAUCCCUGCCAUAAUCUUCUGUGUCAGGUUUUCGGCGCUAAAAUCAUCAUUCUCGCACGACCGGAAGAUACUGAAAAGCUUUACCCACAUGAUCACUUCAUACUGAGUAACACCUCACAGGUGGAUGCACGUCAGGUUGACUACGAAAGGUUUCCACUGGCCCGUGAGGUAUCGUUCCACCGAUUGACACUGCAUCGAGGUGAAGUGCUCUACAUACCGCCCAAAUGGUGGCACUAUGUCGAAUCACUGUCACCAAGCUUCUCCGUUAGCUUUUGGUUUGAAUGA